GUGGUACUGGCUAGAGUGCAUACUUUUGGACCCAAGCUUAACUUUUCAAAUGUGGAAUCCCAGGCCUUCAUUGGUAACUGACUUCACCUGGGGGUGUUGAGUGACAACAUUAGCAGUGAGGGUGGCUUCUGGCGCCCCUCCACCCCAGCUGUGUGAACUUGCCUCGUUCCUUCACCUCUCUGUCCCAGCCUUCUCCUCGGUAAAAUGAAGAAAACAAUAGUAUCUGCCUCAUAGAAUUAUCCUUCAGUUUUAAGUUUCUGAGAGAAGUUGACUGCCUGAAAGGAAACUGCAAAACAUGAAAAUCGCCCUGAGGUGACCAAGUCCAGUGGCUCCUUUCUCCCCCACGGUGGAUCGGAGGUUGAAGAACUCUAACUUCAGAUGAGGAAGCUCGGGCCCAGAGAGGAGUGAGCCCCAGUCUCAUCCUGGGCAGCCCGGCCCUGACUGCGGGCAGCACACAGCCCUCUUCAACCUGGUUUGGAGCUGGAGUUCCUUGUAAGACUCCCAAUGGCGGACCAGAGGAUGGACAUUUCUUCAACAAUCAGUGAUUUCAUGUCCCCGGGCGCCACGGACCUCCUCUCCAGCUCCCUGGGCACCAGUGGCGUGGAUUGCACCCGCAAGCGGAAAGGCAGCUCCACCGACUACCAACUUGAUGACUUUUCUUUUGAGGAAAGCAUGGACACAGACAAAGAUGACCCCCAUGGAAGGUUAGAAUUCGCAGAGCACCAAGGAAGGAUAAAAAAUGCCAGGGAAGCUCACAGUCAAAUUGAAAAGAGGCGUCGGGAUAAAAUGAACAGCUUUAUUGACGAAUUGGCUUCCUUGGUACCCACAUGCAACGCGAUGUCCAGGAAAUUAGAUAAACUUACUGUGCUAAGGAUGGCUGUUCAGCACAUGAAAACACUACGAGGUGCCACCAAUCCAUACACAGAAGCAAACUACAAACCAACUUUUCUGUCAGAUGAUGAAUUGAAACACCUCAUCCUCAGGGCAGCAGAUGGAUUUUUGUUUGUCGUAGGAUGUGACCGAGGGAAGAUACUCUUUGUCUCAGAGUCUGUCUUCAAGAUCCUCAACUACAGCCAGAAUGAUCUGAUUGGCCAGAGUUUGUUUGACUACCUGCAUCCUAAAGACAUUGCCAAAGUCAAGGAGCAGCUCUCCUCCUCUGACACGGCCCCCCGGGAGCGCCUCAUCGAUGCGAAAACUGGACUCCCAGUUAAAACAGAUAUAACCCCUGGGCCAUCUCGGUUAUGUUCUGGAGCACGGCGUUCUUUCUUCUGUAGGAUGAAGUGUAACAGGCCUUCAGUAAAGGUUGAAGACAAGGAGUUCCCCUCCACCUGCUCAAAGAAAAAAGCAGAUAGAAAAAGCUUCUGCACAAUCCACAGCACUGGCUAUUUGAAAAGCUGGCCACCCACAAAGAUGGGGCUGGACGAAGACAACGAGCCGGACAAUGAGGGGUGUAAUCUCAGCUGCCUUGUCGCAAUAGGACGGCUGCAUUCUCAUGUGGUUCCACAACCGGUGAACGGGGAAAUCAGGGUGAAGUCUAUGGAAUAUGUUUCUCGACAUGCCAUCGACGGGAAGUUUGUUUUUGUAGACCAGAGGGCAACAGCUAUUUUGGCAUAUUUACCACAAGAACUUCUAGGCACAUCAUGUUAUGAAUAUUUUCACCAAGAUGACAUAGGCCAUCUCGCAGAAUGUCACAGGCAAGUUUUACAGACGAGAGAAAAGAUUACAACUAACUGCUAUAAGUUUAAAAUCAAAGAUGGUUCUUUCAUCACACUGCGGAGUCGAUGGUUCAGUUUCAUGAACCCUUGGACCAAGGAAGUAGAAUACAUUGUCUCAACCAACACUGUUGUUUUAGCCAGCGUCCUGGAAGGCAGGGACCCAGGCUUCCCGCAGCUCACAGUGUCCCCCCACAGCAUGGACGGCAUGCUGCCCCCUGGAGAAGGUGGCCCGAAGAGGACCCACCCCACUGUCCCAGGGAUUCCAGGGGGAACCAGGGCUGGGGCAGGAAAAAUAGGUCGAAUGAUUGCUGAGGAAAUCAUGGAAAUCCACAGGAUAAGAGGGUCCUCUCCUUCCAGCUGUGGCUCCAGCCCACUGAACAUCACAAGUACACCUCCCCCUGAUGCCUCUUCCCCAGGAGGCAAGAAGAUUUUAAAUGGAGGGACUCCAGACAUUCCUUCCAGUGGCCUACUACCAGGGCAGGCUCAGGAGCACCCAGGUUAUCCAUAUUCUGAUAGUUCUUCUAUUCUUGGGGAGAACCCUCAUAUAGGCAUAGACAUGAUAGACAACGAUCAAGGCUCAAGUAGUCCCAGUAACGAUGAAGCAGCAAUGGCUGUCAUAAUGAGCCUCUUGGAAGCAGAUGCUGGGCUGGGUGGCCCUGUUGACUUUAGCGACUUGCCAUGGCCGCUGUAAACACUACAUGUUGCUUUAGCAACAGCUACAGUAUCAAAGUGCAUUACUGAUCGUGCUUUACAGUCUGCAAAGCUUACUGGGUAAGGAGAGAACAGCUUUUAUGUACUGUCUUCAUAAAAGCCAUCUCAGAGCCAUUGAUACAAGUCAAUCUUACUAUGUGUAACUUCAGACACAAUGGAACUAAGCCUGCUCCAGUAUUUCCUCAUCAUUGAUUGGGCUAGCUGUGGAUAGCUUGCAUUAAUUGUAUAUUUUGGAUUCUGUUUGUGUUGAAUUUUUUAAUCAUUGUGCACAGAAGCAUCAUUGGUAGCUUUUAUAUGCAAAUGGUCAUUUCAGAUGUAUGGUGUUUUUACACUACAAAGAAGUCCCCUAUGUGGAUAUUUCUUAUACUGAUUGUAUCAUAAAGCUGUUUAUUCUUGCUUGUAAGAAUCCUUUACUAUAAAUAUGGGUUAAAGUAUAAUGUAUUAGACAGUUAAAUAUUUUUAAUAAAUGUUUCCCUUGUUCUAUAAA